AUGUACAACUACUGUACUGACAACAUCAGAUGGCUAGAAACACUAAGAGACCAUGCCUGGCUACGAGACCGCUACCUCAUGGUACGACACAGAGACAUGAGUCUCCAUCCCCUCCGCACUGCUGAGCAGAUAUACCAGUUUACAGGGGAGACUUUAACAGGGGGUGUGAGAGGGUUUAUCAGGGAUAUAACACGUGGUAUAACACGUGGUGGUGUACCACGUGGUGAUAACGAGGAGACGGCACUGACUGUGGUUAAGAACUCUAGCCAGGUUGUGGACAAGUGGCAGGAGUUGAGGACGUAUGGGAAGUACAGGAAUAUGGAGACAGUGGAGGGGCAGUGUGGGGUUCUGUUGGGGGUGUUGGGGGAGGAGCGUUAUUUUGAUGGUCUGUCUAGAGCGGAGCGGGGCAGUGUUAGUGGAGACUUGGGGGGUUAG